CCAACACCCAUCAACAGCACGCAACACCCCACAAACACUUGGGUCUCGUUUCGGGUUCACCUCUGUCGUCGUUAUCGCCCAAUAUUAAACCGGUUGCGCUGCCGUCUAAUUGCUCAAACGCAUGAACGCCGUGCCAAGUGGUGGUCGAAAUAGCUCCACUCUCGAGAAACUCCUCCUCCAUCUCCUCCGCUAAGAAGUAAAUAAACAAAGAUGUCGCUGAAGAACGAGAAAGUUGGCAUUGUGGGCAGCGGUCUCAUCGGUCGCUCGUGGUCCAUGCUGUUCGCCUCGGUGGGCUACCAGGUGGUCCUGUACGACAUCCUGCCCGAGCAGGUGUCCACCGCCCUGACGGCCACCCAGAAGGAGCUGCAGGAACUGGAGGCGAAGGGUCUGCUCCGCGGCAAGCUGACGGCCGCCCAGCAAUUCAGCUGCAUUUCGGGCACCAACGACAUCAAGGAGCUGGUCAAGGGCGCCAUUUUCGUUCAGGAGUGCAUCCCCGAGCGUCUGGACCUCAAAAAGGCUCUGUACAAACAGCUGGACGCUGUUGUCGGACCCAACACCAUCCUCUCCAGCUCCACCAGCACUUUUCUGCCCUCCCUCUUCAGCGCGGACCUGAAAAACAAGGCCAAUGUUUUGGUCUCGCAUCCCGUCAACCCGCCGUACUAUGUGCCGCUGGUGGAGAUCGUGCCGGCGCCGUGGACGAAACCUGAGUGGGUGAAGAAGACCCGUGCUCUGAUGGACGAGAUUGGCCAGAAACCGGUAACGCUGUCGCGCGAAAUCGAGGGCUUUGCCCUUAACCGCAUCCAGUACGCCAUCCUCAACGAGACCUGGCGCUUGGUCGAGGCCGGUAUCCUCAACGUGAAGGACAUCGACAGCGUGAUGAGCAAUGGACUGGGUCCGCGUUACGCCUUCCUCGGCCCUCUGGAGACUGCCCAUCUGAACGCCGAGGGCAUGGCCAACUACUUCGAGCGCUACACGGAAACCAUCUACAAUGUCAGCAAGACGAUGGGUCCCACGCCAAGAAUGGAGGGUCCCGUCGCCGAGGAGGUGGCCAAGCAGCUGGGCGAGAUGGUGCCGCUGGAUCAGCUCGCCGCCCGCCGCAACUACCGCGACAACUGCCUCACCCAGUUGGCCAUUCUCAAGAGCAAGCUCAACAAGUAACUGGUUAUUUUUUCUCUUUUCGCUUUUUUUUUGUGAUAUGCUAGCGCCACAUCGUUAAAUAUACGAAAACAGUUAAUCUGAUAAACAAA